AUGUCUUUGAGGACUCUGCCUUUACUGAUUAUAAACCUGGGAGGAGAAAUGCUUUACAUUUUGGACCAGAGACUCCGAGCUCAGAGUGUUACAGAUGAUAAAAUACCAAAAGGUUGGUUGGAGGAUGACAGGAAAAGAGUGAUGACUGAUAUAGUGGGUGUGAUGUUCAGUAAGGCGUUUAUGGAGGAGGUGACGCAGCCGCAGGACAUGUACUCACACCGAGCUCUGCGCUGCGUGCUCACGCGCUUGGCUCACACCUCCAUCAUGAGGCUCAACUCCACCAGCAUGGACAAGCUGUAUGACCUGAUGACGAUGGCGUUUAAGUACCAGAUUGCCCUCUGUCCACGACCACGAGACCUACUACUCGUCUCCUUCAACCACAUGGAUGGGAUCCGGGAGCUGGUUAAAGACAAUCCCCGCCUUGUUAACCUCAUCAAUGAUGCACAGCGUCUCAUCAUAGAGAUGUACACUCCUUUAUCGGAAGGCGAGUUUCAGCUCAUACGGCAGACGCUCCUCGCUUUCUUUCAGGACGUGCACAUCAGGGUCUCCAUAUUCCUGAAGGAGAAUCUGCAGAAAGCAGACGGGCGAUUUGUGAUACAGACGUCAGGCCCGAUGCCUCAUGGCUCUGAAGUUCCAGGAUUAAUCAGGUACUAUAACAGCCGGGGCAGGGUGGUGAGGAGGCGCGAGUUUGUGAGCGGAGGCAGAUACACCAGCUCCGUGAGGGACGCCUCAUUCGACGUGUCUGGAGACCGGGUGACACGUCUGGGUACUAACAUGUACGGUGUGAGCUCCGACAAGGACACACACACCUCGGGAAGCUCCAAACACACCUGUAGAAGUGAACAGGUCAGUGAUGAUCCAAACCCUCUGGCUAAAGCCGAGCUGAACCUCUUAGCCAAGCUGAUGGGACAGAUGGAGGUCUGGGAUGUUGCUGAUGCAGGGAUGAGGGUCAAUCUCUUCUCCUCAGAUCAGGAGGAAGACGAGGAGAGAAGUGUGUCAGCGAGGGAUGAGGCGUUCUGUGUGCUGAACAUUCAUGCUGUGAAGGCUGAUACCGAGCUGAACCACAUCGCUGCCCAGUUCACCGAUCAGGACGAAGUCGAGAGACCCAGCGACAAGGGAGAAGAUCUACUGGCCAUGAUGGAUGAGCUUUAAAACACAAAGAAAUCUCUCUUACAGAAAUAUCACACCAGGCCAUGAUUGUUCUUCCUA